GUUGAAGAAACAAGUUUUGACUUGAAUUAUCACAGCAAUUUGACAUCUGUUUACAAUUACACUGACAAUUGUUUGCAUAUUGUGUUUAAUUUACGUUUACUCUUUUUCUUUUGGUUAUUACUGUCUUGAAUUGAAGUUUUUACCCAUCAAUUGAUUGGAAUCUCUGAAUUAACUCAACAAUUUUCCUAAACAUUCAUACAUAUUCUUUCAAUCUCUCUUUCUGCUUGUUUCUCUUUCCCCUCUCCUGUUGAGCUGAGAAGAUUUUGUAUUUUUUUCAUUUGCUGCUUCAGCGAUGUUAAUUGAAUUAGUUAUGCCUUCAAUUUAAGUCAACUAUCUCCAUUGCUGUAACCUAUUUCAGUUGGUUUGGAUUCAUUGUUUCUUCUCAUUUUUAAUCAAGUUGAUUCUCAAAAUCUCAAUUAAUCAUGUCCAACGUUGGAGGUUUCCCCACAACAAUAAACACAGCAACAACAACAUCAACGACAACCAAAGUUACACCUUUUGUUUGGUUUGAUCCAACUUACCUUAAAACUAUUCCUGGAUUAAUUAAAGCAAUCUCAAGUGCUGUAGUAUUGAUUGGUUUUAUUUGUGGUACUGUUGGUGAUUGCCGAGGAUGUUCAUCAGUCGCAUUUUACAGUACAAUAACCAUGGUCUGUUUUUGGAUCACAUUGCUACUUCUCGCAGCUUACCUUUUCCAUAUUAUUGAAAAACUUCAUAACAUUCCAUGGCUUUUGGUUGAAAUGGUAUAUUGUUUUCUUGCCUGUUUGCUUUUACUAGUUUCAUCCAUUGUCAUCAUUGCUGAUGGUUCCGUCUAUGCGGCUGCUGGUUUUUUUGGCCUGUUUGCUACCUCCCUUUAUGGCAUUGACACAUUUCUCAAGUUUCUGUCUCACCGGAAAGGUGAGAUCGCUCAAGGAGAAAGAACAAUGAAUUCGUCACCAUCCAGAGCAUAAUUUAUAGAUCUGAUAUCAUUAUCCUACAAUCAAAUCAUCAAAAAUUUAAAAUUAUCAUCAUCAUCGUCACCAUCAUCAAAAUCAUAAACUUCAUGCAAUAACUUCUCUUAUCAUUCAUCCCACCAGUCUGCACUCGACUUUACACAAAACAGCUGAAUAUUCGCCAAACUGGUUCCACCACCAACGGAUAUCGGUUAUUUUAUUCCUACCACUUGAAAAACUCUUCAACCUAAGCCAAAAUGUUAUUUUAUCAGAGAUAUUUAGUUGAAAUUAAUUCACCUAUUCUAAUCUUCAACCGUGGGCAGGCUUUUAAUAUUUUUGUGCCUUUCAAAAUAUAUACACAAAACACGCAUUUGUCUCAUUGUUCACCUUUUAAAAAAUAAUCGCUUCAAAAUUCAAUUGUCAAUAUGGAUGAAACUAAAACAAUGCAAAGCUAUAUGAUCAAAUCUAACCCUAUUUUACUUUUAAAGCCACUUUUUCUUCCUGCUGCCAAUUGAUAAAAAAAUUAUUUCAUAUUAAAUCAAGGUUAACAAUUAACGCACGAAACAACACUUUAUGCAUUUAACAAAACAUAUCAUGAGAAAUAUAUUAAUGACUUCACCAUUUAUUGCUUUUUUCAACUGAUUCAUUUAUAAAAUCGCAUAAAAACUGCCAAAUUUAUAACAAUAAACCAUCUAUUAUUAAAUUACAAA